AUGACUUAUAAGACUUCUGGAUAUUCGUUUUCGACAAGAAAUGCUGUUUCAAAACAAGACGGUGAAUCAUAUGUUAUGAAUCAAGAAUCGUCGGUCGUUGUCGAAGAUGUAGUAAAGGGUCGUCUUCUAGCCAGAGUCGCUCGCUCGGAAGUGGUUGUGAAUAAAGCACCUUUUUUUAAAAAAGAUUUUGCGAAAAAAAUAGGGAAAAAGAUAGGGAAUAUCAGGAAAAUAGGAUCACUGAGUAUUGGAGCCUUUGCCGGAGUCAUCAUAGCAGCAAUUGUGGGUUUCAUUGGGAUCAUCAUUGGUAUAUGCUUUUUAUUAGGUUGCUGUUGCAGCCGUAAAGCAAAAAAGGCUCAGAGUGCUGCUGAAGCUGAACAAGAAACUGCUACAGACAAAACCAACGACUCAUCCAAACCUCAAACUUCAAAAACCGAGGAUGUCUAA